CUGUUUAAGAGUCAAAGAGUAAUUUGUCCAUUGUUGAAAUGAUAUAAUUCACCAAGAAAAUCAGUGGUCAAUAUCAGAAACAUAUGAUAUUAUUUAUAGCCGAAUUUUGCGGUACUUUGGGCGACAUCUCGCAGAUCCUAAUACUAAAGCGACUCGAUUCUGAUUGGAAUCGAUAUUUCAUCUGCACUAUUCUGUUUAAAAUACAGUGUUGUUGGAGAGCAAUGCCAAAUUUAAGCCCCGAAGGUCAGUAUAUGUCCAGCAACGGGGCAACGAAUACCGAGAAAGUGUGUGUACUUGAUGCUGGUGCCCAAUAUGGUAAGGUGAUAGAUCGUAAGGUCAGGGAACUCAAUGUUGAGUCCCACAUCUUGCCGCUGGAUACUCCAGCGUUCAACAUCAAGGAGGGGGGUUACAAAGCCAUCAUAAUAUCCGGAGGUCCAAAUUCAGUCUAUGCACAAGAUGCACCAAGAUAUGAUGCUGAUAUUUUUAGGAUAGGCUUACCAGUAUUAGGCAUAUGUUAUGGAAUGCAAAUGAUGAAUAAGGAAUUUGGUGGAACUGUAGUGAGAAAAGAAUCUAGAGAAGAUGGUCAAUAUACUGUAGAGGUCAACACGAAGUGUUUAUUAUUCAAAGGUUUGGAUAAAGUGCAAUCUGUACUUUUGACUCAUGGUGAUUCAAUCGACAAAAUAGGUGACAAUUUUAAAUCGAUUGCCCAGAGCAGCUCGUUUUGCGCCGGCAUCUUCAACGAAAAACUCCACCUCUACGGCGUGCAGUUCCACCCGGAGGUCGAUCUCACGCCCAACGGCCUCACCAUGCUGAGGAACUUCCUCUACGACAUCGCCAGCCUAACGGGCAACUUCACCAUCCAGUGCAGGGAGACCGAGUGCGUCAAGUACAUCAAGGACACGGUGGGCAGUAACAAGGUGCUGCUGUUGGUCAGCGGAGGCGUCGAUAGUACCGUCUGUGCGACGUUGCUGCACAAGGCGCUCAAGCCCGAGCAGAUAAUCGCCAUCCACAUAGACAACGGUUUCAUGCGCAAGAACGAGAGCGAGAGGGUACAGUUGUCGCUGCAGAAGAUCGGGCUCGACCUGAGGGUGAUCAAGGCGGCGUCGAUGUUCGCGGAGGGCACCACGGUGGUACCGCUGGACAAGCAGAACGACAACUAUCGCACAAACGUCACUAAGAUGCUGUGCAUGACCACCGAUCCCGAGGAGAAGAGGAAGAUCAUCGGGGACGUGUUCGUUAGGAUAUCGGAGGAGAUUGUCAACGAUCUCAAUAUCAAACCGGAGGAAAUCUUCCUCGGUCAAGGCACCCUACGACCAGAUUUAAUCGAAUCCGCGUCGUGUCUGGUCUCCAACAAGGCGGAUAAAAUCAAAACGCAUCACAACGAUUCCGAACUCAUACGAAAACUGAGAGAGGAAGGUCGAGUGGUUGAACCGCUGAAAGAUUUCCACAAGGAUGAGGUCAGGAUGAUAGGAAGAGAUGUGGGAUUACCAACGGAAUUGGUAAUGAGGCAUCCUUUCCCUGGACCGGGUUUGGCCAUAAGAGUCCUUUGCGCCGAAGAGCCUUACAUGGAGAAGGACUUCAGCGAGACCCAGGUCUUGGUCAAGAUUAUCGUCGAAUUCGACCAAAUGUUACAGAAGAAACAUGCUCUUCUGAACAGGGUGGAAGGGGUGACUAGCGAAGAUGAGAGGAAAACUCUACGAAAGAUAUCUAGUAAACAAAAACUUGCUGCCACCCUCCUGCCCAUAAGAAGUGUUGGUGUUCAAGGUGACUGCCGAUCGUACAAUUACGUUGUAGGUAUUUCAAGUGAAAGAGAACCGGAUUGGAACGACUUGUCCUUCCUGUCCACCCUUAUACCUAGGAUAUGCAGAAAUAUCAACAGGGUCUGCUACGUAUUUGGCGGGCUUGUAAAAGAACCCAUUCCGGAUGUUACACCAACGUUCCUCACAAACAAUGUACUGAGUACACUACGACAAUGUGAUGAUAUUGCUACGGGGGUACUGCAUAACAGUGGUCACUCCCAGUCAAUAAGUCAGAUGCCUGUGAUUUUGAUCCCUCUUCAUUUUGACAGGGACCAAGCCCUUAGAAUUCCCUCAUGUCAACGGUCAAUUGUUCUGAGACCUUUCUGUACUCAAGAUUUCAUGACAGGUUUACCUGCUAUGCCAGGAAAACAGUUGCCUUUAGACGUGGUCCUUAAAAUGGUCACGGAAGUUUUACAAGUACCUGGUAUAUCAAGAGUACUAUACGAUUUAACGUCCAAACCGCCUGGAACCACCGAAUGGGAAUGAGAGCUGUAAAUUAUUACCGAUAAUUGUGUAAUUCGUUAGAAAAGAAAAAAGAACAGACUUUGAAAAGAGGUUUCUUGUUUUAUAAAUUGUACAUCUCUGUUGUUAUAUUAUACAAUGUGUAACAAUUUUGUUACUAUUUUUCCUUUUUCUGGAAUAUUCUGGCACUGUUGUAGCUCAACUAUUUAUUAUGCAUUUUGAAUUGUAAUGAUCCGAACGAUCGAUAAUCGAAAAUCUGGUUUUAAUUUUGAUUUUAACUAUUCUUUAUUGAAUUUCACAGUCGCUAUCAGGCUAUUUUAUAUGUUGUAUUUUUUUCAAUUUGUCAAUAAAAGACAGUUAUAUUAUUAAUAAAAUAAUAAUUUCUCCA